GGGGGGCCACAUAGGCGCGCGCAACGACUUUUUCAGAAUGUUUGACCCACACUAAACUACAUUACCGCAGCAGAACCGAGCUCGCUGCAGUCACGAGCGAAUCGCCUUCGAUUUCCGUCGUUAGAACAAAAAAAAAAGAAAAAAUAAAGUCGCGUUUCUAUAAAGUGUUGGUUUUAUUUAAUGAGAAAGACUGUGACAUUUCCGAUUAACUUACUCGAGUGAAAAUGUGCGAUCAACACCAACAAAGUCCGUCCAUAACUUCGACGCAAAGCAUCGCUGAUUAUUUGGCUCAGCUAUUGAAGGACAGGAAACAGCUAGCAGCUUUUCCUAAUGUUUUUCUUCACGUUGAACGCCUACUAGAUGAAGAAAUUGCAAAAGUCAGAGCCAAUCUGUUUCAAAUAAACGGAGUGAAAAAGGAGCCAUUGAUGUUACCCGAACCGGAAGGACAAAUUACUACAAUCACCGAAAAAGUAUACGUUCCUGUAAAAGAACAUCCAGAUUUCAACUUUGUCGGAAGGAUCCUGGGUCCUAGAGGCAUGACGGCCAAACAAUUAGAACAAGAAACCGGCUGUAAAAUCAUGGUGCGAGGGAAGGGCAGUAUGAGGGAUAAAAAGAAGGAAGAUCAAAACAGAGGAAAACCGAAUUGGGAACAUUUGUCAGACGAACUGCAUGUACUUCUCACAGUGGAAGAUACCGAAAACAGGGCGCAAAUGAAAAUGGCCAGGGCGGUCGAAGAAGUUAGAAAGUUAUUAAUACCAGCUGCAGAAGGCGAAGACGAACUGAAAAAGCGACAACUUAUGGAACUGGCCAUCAUUAAUGGAACUUAUAGAGAUUCUACAGCAAAAGCUGCUAAUGAUCUCUCCGUUCUAGCUGCCGCCGACGAAGAAUGGCGGCGAAUUGCCGCCACCAUCGAAUCUCAGAGGCUGUUGUCGCCGGGCGGUAUGCCCGGAUUGGCCACCUCGAUGCGUCCACCCAACGCACCCUUGGGUACGCCACUGAUUAUCAGUCCUAGGAUACCUACGACCGCUGCCAGUAUAUUGAACGGAUCUGCACCACCUGGAUCACUUUUGUCUCCUGGUGAGCAUCACGGUCUGAUCUACGCCCCCUACGCAGAUUACUCGAACUAUACGGCAGCCCUGGCGGCGAGCCCCCUAAUGACGGAAUACGCGACGGCUGAUCAUGCUGGUGCGUCCAAGCAAAGACGUGUGGGACAAAUAAGAGAGCAUCCGUAUCAGAGAGCAGGAGCUCUCUCUUAAACUUUAUGCUCUUUUUUUGCAAAAAAGCUUUAAAGAAGGUGCUAACCCAUCCACACUCGUCUCACCUCCCCCCACACAGUAAAGCCAGACUAACCAAUACGUCAUACGUCCUACUACUACUACGUGGAACCCUGGAUUAUUGCUAUUGUUUAUGGGGUUAGCGGUAUGUCAAAUAACUACUACAUCACUAAUUAAGAGGCCGAUUAUUUUUCGGGUCUAGAUCCGAAAAAUGAUUGACAGUUUUUACUAACACUGUUAUACAUUAUUUGUACUUUCUUUAUAAUUUAUUAAUAAUCUCAUUUUUUUUGUAAUUGUAAUUAUUUGUGCAUUUGAAAUUGGCUUAUAUUUUCUUUUGGAAUGUAAGACAAUUUUUUUUCAGCAAUUACUAACAAAUAAUCUCAAUAUAUUUUGUAAUAAAAUUUAUCUUAUAUUGGAAAUAUACUCUUUAAUUUUAAUUCUUUGUAACCAAAUUAUGUUGAGAUUAUAUUAAUAUUACUUUUCAUUUUUCAUCUAUUUAAGCUUCCAAUGUCUAAAUACUUUUGUAGUAAGUAGACAAUAAUAAUAAUUAAUCAAAUAUAAAUCGAUAAAAUACAAAAUUAAAUAUGUACAUUUUUAUACGUAUGUAUAAUUUUUUUAUUUUAUCGCUUUUGCAUAUUAGAAUCUUAAUUUUACUAAUAAUUUUUUCGUUAAAGUACAAACAAAUUUCGAGUGCCAAUUUAUUUAGAAAAAAAAAAACAAAUGUAUCGAAUUAUUUUAAUAGAUUUGAGUGCGACAAAUUGCACACCAAUCAGAAAAAUUUAUUGAAAUAAUAAUUAUUAUUAAUUUUUGGAUAUAUUAUAUCCAACUUUUGAGGUCAAGUGUAAAAUAUCCUUUCAAUUUUAACCCUUGAUAAUUCGAUUAGCAUGUGUUGCCAUAGCAACGACGUCAGGAACGUCACGGUUUCAUCGAUUGAUAAAAUCGAACGGAUUGAUUUAAAUUUUAAUUUUUUAUCAGUUAAUUUUUCUGAUUGUUUUGCUUUUAAUUAAGUGGACUUAUUUUAAGGCUAUCAAACAGGUAGGUAUUAUUUUGUUACAUUAGCGACUUAAAACUCAUACAUUAAUGUAAGAAUAAUUAAUUUUUGGAUGAAAUUUUAUUAAUAUUUCCGUCCUUGGACAAUAAUGAAGCAAUAAAUUUGAAAAAAAAUACUCACAAUCAAAAACUUUAAGGGUGCAAUCAACAGGCAUUUUGCCUAUAAGUUAAAGUGCAAUCUCAAGUUAAUAAGGGUCUGUUAUGGAGUAAUAAAUAAGGGCUUAAUUUUUGCCCCAUGAUAUUUAUAAUCGUUAUUAUAUUGAUAUAUUAUAUGUUGUACUUAUAGUUUUUAUCUCAAACGUCGAAUAAUAUAUUAUAUAUAUAGCACAAAAUUAGUUAGUUUAAAAAUAAAAUAAAGCACAAAUUUAAAUUCAAAACAUACCGGGUAGGGCACGAAAAACUUUCCACCCAGGUUUUCUCAGGUGUUAGGUGUUUAAUAAAAAAAUCCCUCAGACACGUCAAUUUUUGUUUUUUGGGGGACACAUUUUAUUGGUAUUUUCACCCCCUACUCGUGAAUCCCUAAGUGGGGGUAAGAGGUACCCCCAAAAUUUCAAAUGGAAAGAGGGGUCGAGUGAUAUGUCAUUUGGUAGCUAUUUUCAUUGAGAUUAUAUCCCCGAAGUUUUGAGUUGCUACUAUUAACCCUGUCAAAAUGACGGCAUGUCAAAAUUAGGAUAAAUGCUUUUUUUCGUUAAUCUAAGCUGUAUAGUUUUUACCUGCCACACCUAUGCGUAGGUAACAGGUAAACACCACAUAGCAUUUUUCCAUUGAUUUUUCCUAACUUUGGCAAGCCGCCAUUUCGACAGGGUAAAUAGUAGCAACUUGAAACUUCGGGGAUAUAAUCUUAAUGAAAAUAGCUAUCAAAUGACGUAUCAAUCAACCCCCCUUCUCAUUUGAAAUUUAGUGGGUACCUGUCACCCCCACUUAGGGGUUCACAGGUAGGGGAUGAAGAAACCAAUAAAAUGUGUCCCCCCAAAAACAAAAAUUGACGUGUCUGAGCGAUUUUUGAUUAAACACCUAACACCUGAGAAAACAUGGGUGGAAAGUUUUUCGUGCCCCACCCGGUAUAUUAUCGUGUCAUAUUAUUAUACCUUACAUAAGUGCCUUGACUUAUUAGGUUUUAUUAAGUGUUUUUAUUCAAAUUACUUUUUUUUUUUAGAUGAAUCUUUUUUUAGGUUUUUAUUGUGUUGUCUUCAGUGUCUUUGAAAAAUAUAUUAUAUAUUAUAAAGUUUGCACGAUGAAAUUGAUUUGAAAUAAAAGUAUUUUACUGUGUUAA